AUGGACCCUGCACCAGGAGUGCAGGUUUUGCAUGUGGUGCGUCGCCCGGGAAACCAACGCGCCCCUUCCCCGACCCUCACCAGACUGGGUUUGGAGGUCAGGUUGAAACAGACUAAGGCCUUCCAAGCGCAGGGGGGCCAUCCUGAUCAGGUACCUUAUGUCCUAACCUGGGAGGAUAUUGUUUACCAUCCACCCUCCUGGGUGCGCUCCUUUGUUCUCCCCACAGAGACUCCGUCAACAACUGUUUGUGCCGUUAAGGAGGAGGAGAAAAAGAAAGUGCUCACUUCUCCAGAAGCAGACCUCCUCCUUUUUGACCUUCUGCCCCCUUAUCCUACCCCUACCCCUGCCAGUUCCCUGGCCGGUUCUCCUGCCAGACCUCCGACCGUUUCCCCUGUCAGUUUCCCGGAGGCUGCGCUGUUGGUCCCUCAGCGCUGCCACCGCAGACACUGUCGGUCAGCACUGCAGACACCACCAGAGGUCCCGCUGCACUCACCAGCUGACACUGCUCAGAAUGAACGGGGCCCAGCAGCUGGAACACGAAGCCACAGAGCAACCCAGCUGGACUCGGUGGCUCUUCCGUUGCGAGCCUAUGGAUUUCCAGAGGGGGAUGGGCAAUACCCCCUUCAGUACUGGCCUUUUUCCACAGCUGAUCUCUACAAUUGGAAGGCUCACAAUCCCCCUUUUUCUGAGAACCCCCAAGCCUUGACUGACUUGUUUGAAUCUGUCCUUUUCUCUCACCAGCCCACUUGGGAUGAUUGCCAACAGCUUUUACAGACACUCCUGACUACCAAGGAGAGGGGACGAGUUCUUCUAAAAGCAAGGAAGAAUGUCCCGGGGGCGGAUGGGAGGCCUACAGUUCUCCCCAACGAGAUUAAUAAUGGGUUUCCUCUCUCUCGUCCUGAUUGGGAUUACAAUACACCAGAGGGUAGGCAGCACUUGAAGGUUUACCGCCAGACUCUAAUGGUGGGUCUCCGUGGGGCUGCUCGAAGACCCACCAAUUUGACUAAGGUAAGAGAAGUGGUCCAGGGGCCGGAGGAAUCUCCUGCAGCCUACUUAGAACGGCUGAUGGAAGCAUUCCACCGGUUUACUCCCUAUGACCCUGCUUCAGAUGAGCACAGGGCAACAGUAGCUGUAUCUUUCAUAGAUCAGUCAGCUAGGGAUAUUCGUAGGAAACUUCAGAAAUUAGCAGGUCUGCAGGAUAAGUCGUUGAAGGAUUUAGUGCAAGUAGCAGAGAAAGUCUUCUAUAGUCGAGAAACAGAAGAAGAAAAAGAAGAAAGGAAACAGAAAGAACAGGAGAUAAGAGAGAGAGACAAGAGGCAGGAUAAAAAAUUGACUAAGAUUCUGGCCACCGUAGUUCAGGAAAGUCGUACUGAAAGGGAGAGAGUUCCUGGCAACCAUAAGGGCCCUUUGUCUAAGGACCAGUGUGCCUACUGCAAGGAGACGGGACACUGGAGGAGGGAUUGCCCCAAAAGGAAGAAGCAGCAGCUGAAUUCUCGAGCCACAGGGACCAGGGUUCUGACCUUAAACAAUGACAGCGAUUAGGGAGGACGGGGUUCGGUUCCCCUCCCUGAACCCAGGGUAACCCUCAAGGUGGAGGGGAGGCCAGUCCAUUUUCUAGUGGAUACUGGCACUCAGCAUUCAGUUCUGUUGCAAGACUCAGGGGCUAAGAAAGAAAAGAAAUCAUGGGUUCAAGGGGCCACUGGAUGUAAGCAAUAUACAUGGACUACCCGAAGAACAGUGGACCUUGGAGUGGGCCGGGUAUCCCACUCGUUCUUAGUCAUGCCUGACUGCCCAUACCCAUUGCUGGGACGGGAUAUCCUGACCAAAAUAGGAGCCCACAUCUAUUUUAACCCAGAAGGCCCACAGGUUACAGAUAAAAGAGGGGAUCCUAUUCACGUGCUUACAAUUCACUUGGAAGAUGAAUACUGGCUAUUUGAAAAUUUAAAAGAGGGGGAAAAAGACAUUGACUGGUGGGUAAAAAAAUACCCUGAGGCCUGGGCUGAAACAGCUGGCUUAGGGAAAGCCAGAAAGCAACCACCAGUCCAGAUAGAGCUAAAACCUCAGGCAGCCCCAGUUGCAGUGCGGCAGUAUCCAAUGUCUAAGGAAGCCCAUGAGGUUUUGAAAAGGUGUCAAUCUUCUUGGAAUACUCCAUUACUGCCGUUCCGGAAGCCUGGGAGCAACGAUUAUCGGCCUGUGCAAGACCUGAGGGAAGUUAACAAACAGGUUAUGGACUUACAUCCAACAGUCCCCAACCCGUAUAACCUGCUGAGCUCCCUUCCCCCUGACAGAGCCUGGUAUACUGUUCUAGACCUUAAAGAUACAUUCUUUUGUCUUCAACUUAGCCCUGCCAGCCAAGACAUUUUCGCUUUUGAAUGGAAAGAUCCUGACUCCGGGGUCUCGGGCCAACUAACAUGGACUCGACUUCCCCAAGGAUUUAAGAAUUCUCCUAACAUAUUUGAUGAAGCCCUGCACCGAGACCUGGCACACUUCCGGGCCACAAAUACUCAGGUAACUCUUCUCCAGUACGUGGAUGACAUCUUACUAGCUGCAGAUUGUCAGAAAACCUGUCUCAAAGCCACCGGCCAACUGUUACAAGAAUUGGGCAAACUUGGCUAUAGAGCAUCAGCAAAGAAGGCCCAGAUAUGCCGGAAACAGGUCAGUUACCUGGGGUAUAUACUAAAGGAAGGAAAAAGAUGGUUAUCAGAGGCUAGAAAAGAGACUGUGUUUCAUAUUCCCCCUCCACGAACUACAAAACAACUGAGGGAAUUUCUUGGUACAGCGGGGUUUUGCCGAUUAUGGAUUCCUGGGUUCGCUGAAAUGGCAGCCCCUCUGUAUGCCCUUACAAAGGGCAAUGACUCUUUUUCCUGGGGAAAAGAUGAACAGGCUGCAUUUGAUAAUAUUAAACAGGCUUUAAUGUCAGCUCCAGCCUUGGGACUUCCUGAUGUCACUAAACCUUUUCAUCUCUAUGUGGCCGAGAACCAGGGAAUGGCUAAAGGGGUGUUAACUCAAAAGAUUGGAUCCUGGAAGAGACCGGUAGCUUAUCUAUCUAAAAAGCUUGAUCCAGUAGCAGCAGGAUGGCCGACCUGCCUUCGGAUAAUAGCAGCAGUCGCCGCAUUGGUAAAGGAUGCUGACAAGCUGACCUUGGGACAAGAUCUUACUGUUUAUGCCCCUCAUGCCCUUGAGAGUGUUAUCAGACAGCCACCUGAUCUCUGGCUCACGAAUGCUCGCAUGACAUAUUACCAAACUUUGCUUUUGAAUAAUGACAGGAUUACUUUUGCCCCAGCAACGGGGCUAAACCCUGCCACCCUGUUGCCAGAUCCAGAGAUUCAGCCCCCAGAGCAUGAUUGCUUGCAGGUGUUGGCCGAAGAACAGGGAUGGCAAAAGGACUUAAAAGACCAGCCUCUGCCGGAUGCAGAGGUGACAUAUUACACAGAUGGGAGUAGCUUUUUGGAAAAUGGAAAAAGAAAAGUGGGAGCAGCGGUGGUGGAUGGACACAAGGUAAUAUGGGCCCAAGCACUGCCUGAAGGCACCUCUGCUCAACGAGCAGAACUAAUUGCCUUAACUCAAGCAUUAACUUUGGGGAAAGACAAAAAGAUAAACAUCUACACUGACAGCAGGUAUGCCUUUGCUACGGCCCAUGUGCACGGGGCCAUCUACCAGCAGAGAGGCCUAUUGACGUCAGCCGGUAAAGAAAUUAAAAAUAAAAAUGAAAUCUUGGCCUUGCUCAAUGCCUUACUACUGCCCACCAAGGUAAGCAUAAUUCACUGCCUGGGACAUCAGAAGGGAAAUUCCAAGGCAGCAAAGGGAAAUAACAUGGCUGAUCAGGAGGCUAAAGCAGCUGCUAGAAGAAGUCCUGCUCCAGUGAUAUUAACUACUGAAUUGCCAGAGAAGGAACAGCUAAAAUACUCAGAGGACAACCUGGAGCAAAUACAAAGAAAACAAGGGACAUUCGAUGCUAAUGUGGGAGCAUGGAUUGACUCCAAAUGUAAGGUCAUUUUGCCACAGGAGGAUGCUAAGAGACUAAUAGCACAAAUGCAUCAAUGGACUCAUUUAGGGGCAAGGAAAUUGACUGAAAUUGUUCUCCAAUCUCCUUACCGAAUACUAAACCUCACUGCUCUAACCGAAAAAGUGACUCAGACAUGUAUCCCUUGCCAAAAGGUAAACGUAGGGAAGAAUUUCCAAAGCUCGGGAAAACGGUUAAGGGGAACUAGACCUGGAAUGCAUUGGGAAGUGGACUUUACCGAGAUCAAGCCGGCCAGGUAUGGACAUAAAUAUCUUAUAGUCUUUGUAGAUACCUUCUCAGGAUGGGUGGAAGCUUUUCCCACCAAGAAAGAGACUGCUCUGGUUGUAGCCAAGAAGAUUUUAGAAGACAUUUUUCCCUGGUUUGGAGUUCCAAAGGUAAUCGGGUCAGACAAUGGGCUGGCCUUCGUUGCUCAGGUAAGUCAGGAGGUGGCCAGAUUUUUGGGGACUAAUUGGAAAUUACAUUGUGCUUAUAGACCCCAAAGUUCAGGACAGGUAGAAAGAAUGAAUAGAACUCUAAAAGAGACCCUUACUAAAUUGACCAUGGAGACUGGCAGUGACUGGGUGGUACUCCUCCCUCUGGCUCUUUUUAGGGUCAGGAAUACUCCUUCCUUGUUGAAUCUCACGCCUUUUGAACUAUUGUAUGGAGUUCCUGCUCCCUUGACUCUCCUGGGAGACCCUGUUGACAUAACUAGUGGUAACUCUGACUUGUUGUCCAGGUUAAAGGGACUGCAGCUUAUUCAAAAAGAAAUCUGGAACAAGGUUGGCAGUGCAUAUGUGCCAGGAUCCUUAGAGGUGCCACAUCAGUUCCAAGUUGGAGACUUGGUUUAUGUACGGCGACACCGUAGUCAAAAUUUGGAACCCCGGUGGAAAGGUCCUUACUGCAUCCUGCUCACCACCCCAACGGCUGUGAAGGUAGAAGGCAUUGCUGCUUGGAUCUACGCAUCACACGUCAAACCCGCUCCAGAGGACUCCACUUCUGACUGGAAAAUCCAGCCCAGUGACAAUCCCUUAAAACUUAAACUUGUUAAGAAUGUUAGCCGUGGGUGAUAUCCACAAACUGCUGGUGCUUUUGGCUCUGUUAAGCACUUACAAUACUUGCUUGGGCUCCAGUCCUCACCAGCCCAAACUUUUGACUUGGGAAGUAACUAAUCAGAGACAUAUUAUAAUUUGGUCUGUUUCAAAGAUAGCCCCACCCUUCACAUGGUGGCCGGACUUGUACCCUGACCUUUGUAAAAUGGCUCUAGGAGCACCUGCU